AUGAGGGCUAUUUCUCUACUGUCCCCAGUGCUGCUAGCUGCCCUCGCAGUCGCAGCUUCAGAAUCGGACCACAAUGCAACCGUGGGAUCGACUGCGGUGAGCGUAGCCAACGUCCUAGCUGCUAGCAUAGCGCAGGAAUCGGCUGCAACAGGUGACAGCAGCAACAGUGCGACACAGGAGCAGGGUGCGGUGAGCGCAGCCAACAUCGCGCCUGUCAGCGCAGCGCAGGAACCAGCUGUAACUAGCGACCGCGGUAACAGUGCACAACUCACAGUAGCAGAAAGUGAACAAAAUACUGAUGGAUUCAACAUUCCAGGUCCGACGAAUCUUCCCUUAUCUGUGGGUGAUAUUCCUGUCCCGACCGUUUCACUUCCCAUCACUGUCAAGGUUCCCACACCCUCGAUAGCCACCGAAGAGAUUACAGUAUCAAAAACCACAGUAUCAAAAAGCACAGUAACUGAAAAGACAACGGAGUCGACGCCCAGACCGUCUGCGAGCAACCCGGGUGUUGACUCCAUUGAAGACCUCCUAGCAGGUGUGCUGGGUGGCGACGGACUCUCGGAGAUCGAGGAGGGCCUCAAGAAUGUUCUGAGCCUAUUUACGCCAUCGUUUGUCAAGGAUGCCACUUCUCUGGUUAGCCAGGCCUCUGGGUUCUUUGACCAGGACACGAUGCAAGAUACAAAGGCCAUGAUCAGCACCUUGGGCAGUAUCAAACCAUUGCUCUCAUCUCUCUCAUCGGGCAAUAGUAGUGAAGUUAGUGUUCAGGGGCUCACAUCGCUGCUUGGUAACGGGUCAAUUUUCAAAGACAUUGACAAUAUCCUGAAGAGCAUCGCUGCCCUGCCGGCCAUAAUUAAGGAGAUCCUCGAUAUACUAACGAGCGAUGAAGUCCGCGAAUUCCUGCAAGCGUUCCCAGAAAUCAUGGAUAAGCUCUUGCCGAUCCUGAACCCGGAGCUAAUCAAGGCUCUGGAGUCGUUGAUCACGGAGAACCUGACACCAGAGCUGGUGAAUGACUUGUCAUCAACUCUGUCUGCCCUGCGUCCGCUACUCCAUGAUAUUCAACCUAUCCUGUCGAACCAGACCAUGGAGCCACUCCUGAAUCUUGUGAAGACCAUCAUCUCACCCACGUUCAUUAAUGAGAUCGAAGAGGUGCUGAAGGCUUUGCCGCCACUCAUCAAGGACAUCUUGCCUCUCCUUGGGUCUGAUAUUAUCACCCCACUAGUGAACCUUCUCAAAGAGAUCCUCACUCCUGAGUUCAUCAAACAGAUCUCAUCCCUGCUUAGCGACCUUCCUGAUCUAUUCAAUACUCUUGUGCCGUUGAUCAAACCCAUACAGGAACUUAUUACGGAGAUCGUGACACCAGAAUUUAUCAAGGAGAUCGGGUCAUUGAUUAAGGCUGCGCCACCGAUCAUUAAGGAGCUUAUACCUCUCCUCGAGCCUCUCGGCAAUCUGAUCAAGGAAGUCCUGACGCCAGAGUUUGUGAAUGACAUCAAAUCAUUAAUCCAGGCAGUGCCAGGCCUUUUGGACACGAUUCUACCGCUGGUGCCCAAGGUUGAGGAGCUACUCAACAAGGUUCUAACACCGGAGCUCCUUAAUGCGCUCGAAUCGCUUCUUGACGCCGCACCCGAGUUGUUAAACAGUCUACUACCGCUUGUGCCGGACUUGAUAAACCUGAUUAAGAAGAUUCUGACACCGGAGCUCAUAAAGACCCUUGAAUCGGUCUUGGAUGCGGUGCCAGGGCUCUUAAAUAGUUUGCUACCGCUGGUGCCAGAGUUGGUCAACCUGGUCCAGAAGGUUCUGACACCGGAGCUCAUUCAGGCGCUUGAGUCGCUUCUCGAUGCCGUACCAGGGUUAUUGAAUACUCUAUUACCGCUCGUGCCAAAGCUUGGGGAUCUUCUUAAGAAGAUUCUGACACCGGAGCUUCUAAAUGCGCUUGAAUCAGUUAUUGAUGCUGUACCAGGGCUCCUAAAUAAAAUAUUACCUCUUGUACCAGAGUUGGUCAACCUGGUCCAGAAGGUUCUCACACCGGAGCUCAUAAAGACACUUGAGUCGCUUCUCGAUGCCGUACCAGGGUUAUUGAAUACCCUGCUACCGCUCCUGCCAACGCUUGAGGACUUACUUAAGAAGGUUUUAACACCGGAGCUUUUGAACGCCCUUGAAUCAGUUCUUGAUGCUAUACCAGGCCUGUUAAAUAAAAUAUUACCGCUUGUGCCGGACUUGAUGGACCUGCUCAAUAAGGUUCUCACACCGGAGCUUCUGCAGGUCGUUGGCUCGCUUCUCGACGCAGUUCCCGGAUUAUUGAAUAGUCUAUUACCUCUGUUGCCUACGCUGGAGGAGAUGCUGAAGCAGAUCUUGACUCCCGAGUUAUUAGCGGCCGUCCAAUCGCUCCUUGCGAAGGUCCCUGGCAUUAUCAACGCGAUACUGCCAUUGAUACCAUCGCUUGAGGACAUGAUCGUCAACAUUCUCACACCGGAAUUCAUCAGCGUGAUUCAGAAGAUUUUGGCGGCAGUUCCUGGAUUACUCAACGCCGUUCUACCCCUGCUUCCACCCCUUGAAGAGCUUAUUCCGAAGAUCCUAACCCCCGACUUCAUUGCUUCCAUCGAGUCUGUGCUCGCUGCUCUCCCGUCGAUAAUACAGGACAUACUGCCUUUGCUACAGGGCGAUAUAAUCAAGUCACUAGUACAGAUUGUGACUGACAUCCUCACUCCUGAGUUCAUCAACGAUAUCAGCGGUAUUGCAGGCCUGAUCCCGCCAUUGGUGCACGACCUGGUUCCAAUCUUCAACAAAGACCUCAUGACGGCGAUCGUGAAUUUGCUGGCGAGCGUUGUAACCCCAACGUUCAUCAACGAUCUUACCGCGCUGAUCAACGCAAUAAUCCCAGUGGUGAAGGAUAUCAUUCCGAUCAUUGGAAGCGAUGUUGUGAAGGAUCUGGUUGCAGGACUGCCAGAUAUUAUCAACGGUCUAUUGCCAAUUCUGAAUAUCGACAUUAUCCUGGGGAUCGAAAGGGCCCUUGCUGGGCUUGUCACUAAGCAAUUUGUCACCGAUGUCGGCGUCGUGCUGGCAGCGGUACCACCACUGCUGCACAGCUUGGUCCCCAUUUUUGGCACAGAGCUUCUUGGGCCUGUGGAGAAUGUCUUAUCCACAUUGUUGACACGAGAUUUCCUGGAAGACGUUGGAGGGCUGGUUGACACGGUGCCACCCCUUCUCAACGAAACGAUGCCGUUGUUCCACCAAGACAUUAUCGUUCCAGGAGAAAAUGUUCUUAAGGAACUCAUUACCCCCGCGUUUAUGAAUGACAUUGGGUCUGUGCUCAAUGAAACCCCUGCCAUUGUCGAGAGCUUGAUUGCCGUCGUUGGCAGUGAUGCAGUGAGCUCGCUGCUAGACGCUGUGCCGAAGGUUCUGAACAGCCUUUUGCCACUUCUGAAUGGAGAGCUCAUAUCGAACAUCGUGAACGAUCUGACUAGUCUUCUAACUACCGACUUCAUGAAUGAUAUUGGCACAAUUCUCGGUUCAAUACCGGGUCUUGUACACUCCAUCCUACCAAUCUUCACUGGAGAUACACUCACGGACCUGGUUCAAAGCCUCGUCCCAUUGAUCAAGGCAGUGGCAGCUUUGCUGCCGCUGCUGACCAAUAUUUUGGCAUCUGUAUGA